AUGCAUUACAUGUUGACAGAGUCGCGGUCCGAUCCAUCGUCUGAUCCACUCCUUGUCUGGUUUAAUGGUGGACCCGGAUGCUCCUCAUACGUGGGAUUAUUCGAGGAGCUUGGACCAUUUUAUGUGAAUUUCGACGGACAAUCGCUCUACGAGAACGUCUACUCUUGGAAUACGAAGGCGAAUGUCCUCUUUUUGGAAUCUCCAAUAGGCGUUGGGUUCUCGUACGACACGACACAGGACAGUUAUUCUGUCGCAAAUGAUGACCAGACAGCCAACCAGAAUUAUGUAGCCUUGAGAGACUUCUUCACUCGAGUUCAACCGAAGUACAACAGUCACACAUUCUUCCUGGGUGGUGAAUCUUACGCUGGAGUAUAUAUUCCUAUGCUGACCAAACUUAUUGUCAAAGGAAUCAACGAGGGAGAUUUUCCAAAUCGCAAUUUUCAGGCAGGUUUUCUUUGCACAUAA